AUGAGAGUGGAAAGCUGCAGCCACAGUGAGCACCACACACAGAGCCACACAGACGCACAGACGCACAGACAUACAGACGCACGCACGCCUCCCAGGUGCACACUUGCUCCCAGACACAUGCCAAGCAGCUCAAAAUGGUUUAAAGUCCUGGGGGGCCUGGAGUCCACAGUUCCCUUCAAGAUUUGGCACUGGAUGACAAGCAGGUUGAGGGCCCAGAGGGGAAGGGACCAGGAGACCUUGGGCAGCCUGGGGGCUGGUGUGGGGGCAGCAGGAUGGACCGGCUCCAGGGGCACCUUGGUGACGCUGCAGGAGACCUCCCGCAGGCAGGAAGGUGGGGCCGCUAGCACCAGGCCCACUGCCCGGGUGAGUGCCAACAUGGCUGCAGCUGUGCCGGCCACUGCGGCUGCAUCCAGGAAGGAGUCUCCAGGCACAUGGGGCCUGGGAGACGAGCCAGCAGGCGUGGGCCCGUCGCUCCAGUGUCGCGUGUGUGGAGACAGCAGCAGCGGGAAGCACUAUGGCAUUUACGCCUGCAACGGCUGCAGCGGCUUCUUCAAGAGGAGCGUGAGGCGGAGGCUCAUCUACCGGUGCCAGGUGGGGGCAGGGAUGUGCCCGGUGGACAAGGCCCACCGGAACCAGUGCCAGGCCUGCCGGCUGAAGAAGUGCUUGCAGGAGGGCAUGAACCAGGACGCUGUGCAGAACGAACGGCAGCCGAGAAGCACAGCCCACGUCCGGCUGGCCAGCAUGGAGUCAGCUGCGGAGCGCCGGCUCGAGCCCCUGGCGGCCCCGCGGGGCCCCACGCCUGUGUCUGCCGCCAGAGGCUUGGGGCCCAGGGCCCUCACCCCUCCCGGGCACCACCACUUCAUGGCCAGCCUUAUAACGGCGGAAACGUGUGCUAAGCUGGAGACAGAGGAUGCCGAUGAGAACAUUGAUGUCACCAGCAACGACCCUGAGUUUCCCUCAUCCCCAUACUCCUCCUCAUCCCCCUGUGGCCUGGACAGCAUCCAUGAGACAUCGGCUCGCCUUCUCUUUAUGGCUAUCAAGUGGGCCAAGAACCUGCCCGUGUUCUCCAACCUGCCCUUCCGCGAUCAGGUGAUCCUGCUGGAGGAGGCCUGGAGUGAACUCUUCCUGCUCGGAGCCAUACAGUGGUCGCUGCCUCUGGACAGCUGCCCACUGCUGGCCGCACCGGAGGCCCCCGCCAGCAGCUCGCAGGGCCGCUUGGCACUGGCCAGCGUGGAGAGCCGCCUCCUGCAGGAAACCAUCUCACGGUUCCGAGCCCUGGCGGUGGACCCCACGGAGUUCGCCUGCAUGAAGGCCCUGGUCCUCUUCAAACCAGAAACUCGAGGCCUGAAGGAUCCAGAGCACGUGGAGGCCUUGCAGGACCAGUCCCAAGUGAUGCUGAGCCAGCACAGCAAGGCGCACCACCCCAGCCAGCCUGUGAGGUUUGGGAAAUUGCUCUUGCUCCUCCCAUCUUUGAGGUUUAUCACUUCGGAACGGGUUGAGCUCCUCUUUUUCCGCAAGACCAUAGGGAACACUCCCAUGGAGAAGCUCCUCUGUGAUAUGUUCAAAAACUGA